AUGUCGUCAACUGCGGCGCCAAGAACCCGGUCAGCUACGUACCAGACAGCAUACCCAUUGUUCCCACAAUGUAGUAUGUACGUAUGUAGUCGUGCUACGCAUGAAGUGCGUGCUUUGAGUUUUAGAUCACAGCCUACGUUAUGCGACGAAAAAGCGCAAGAUAGACCAAAAAGGUAA